CAUCUAAAUCUGUUUCCCUUUUUACGUCCUCGAAUCAAUUUUGUAUUUUAAAACUUUGCUUGUAGAUUAAAUGGAAAACUAUGUCAAAUUAGAGAAGCUGGGCGAAGGCACUUACGGAGUCGUUUACAGAUGUAAGUCUAAAUUGACAAAGCAGACCGUCGCACUAAAGAGGAUUCGACUGGAAUUUGAAGAAGAGGGGGUUCCUUGUACCGCCAUCCGUGAAAUUUCGCUUUUGAAGGAACUUAUUCAUCCUAAUAUAGUCAGGUUAUAUGACGUUAUUCAUGAGGAAAAAAAACUCACGUUAGUGUUUGAAUACUGUGAUCAGGACCUGAAGAAAUACUUGGAUGAACACGGGGGGGUGAUACCCUUACAGAUUAUAAAGUAUUUCUUAGCACAGCUGCUUACGGGUGUAACGUUUUGCCACGAGAGGCGCGUUUUACAUCGAGACUUAAAACCGCAAAACUUGCUCAUCAAUAAGUCGAAUUUGCAGCUCAAGUUGGCAGAUUUCGGUUUGGCGAGAGCAUUCGGUGUUCCCGUAAGAAGCUACUCGCACGAGGUAGUUACGUUGUGGUACAGAGCACCGGAUGUCUUGCUAGGAUCUCGAAAAUAUUCGACUGCAAUUGACAUCUGGUCAGCAGGUUGCAUUUUUGCAGAGAUGGCAACCGGAAGACCCUUGUUUCCUGGGUCUAACCAGGCUGAGGAGCUUACUUUGAUAUUCAGGGCUCUAGGGACGCCGACCGAGGAGACAUGGAAUGGCGUUUCAAGUUUGCCUGAUUGGCAAAAGUAUAAUUUUUUGAAUUAUCCAAAGGGAGAUUUGAGAAUCACCGUACCCACUCUGAAUAAAGAGGGAUAUGAUUUGCUAGACCAAAUGCUCCAGUACGACCCGGCGAAGAGGAUUACUGCAGCAGCAGCAUUGAAGCAUCCCUUUUUCGAUUCACUGGUGGAUUUCAAGCCCAGAGAAGCAGCAACGAACGUUAGCUUGCCUGUACUAAACUAAGGUAUUGUAGGUUCAAGUAGUAAAUUUUAAGGGAGCGUGAAGACGCGAAUGUUCGAACGCUUCAAACGCUGUGCAUCGAGU